GCCGUAGACCCACCCACUUCGCCAUUAUUGGUAAAAUUUGAUAUUCUUAGGUUCGUAUCCGACGACCGGAGAUGGAGGCCGGGUGGAGGAGGGUAUUCCAAAUCCAUUAAUCUCAGCCUUCCGAUCGAGAACACCCCUUCUUUCGCUGGCGACGCUCUUUGCGCAACCCCGAAGGUCCGUGAUUGAUUGCAAUUCUUAUAACCUUAAUCACCGGAAACGGAGUAGUUCUCCAGCUGAAUGCAGCGCAAUCCGCAUUAGCAACCGCACCACCGUCGAUUCCUCCCAAAUACAUCAAAUGGAAGGACGAUCGCACGUAUUUUUUUAUAAUGUAUCCUGACGGUGAGACUACUCAACUGGAGUCCACAGGGUUUGACGUGUCGGCCGGUAGCUUCCUUGCGAAGCGGCCGUUUUACCCCCGUGAUUUCCUCCUUUAGAUUUAUUUUUUAUUAACUAAUUAAUAAUUAAUAAUUCAGUAAAUAUAUAUACUCAGUGUGCUUUAAUAAUGCGGACGGUUCAUCAUAAACAAAGGCAGCAGAAUUCAUGCAGAUUUUUAGCCAUCAUCUUUAUCGUCCCCUUUCAAUUCCUUUUCUCGCUCGUCUGAUAAAUUUUUAGGGGAGUUUUUUGGGUCCGGAUCCGUGAUCCGUCUUCGUUGCUUGGGCGUAUUCUUGCGAUUCGAUCGGUCUUUUUGAUCGCAAGAACCGAUAUCUCCCCCUUCUGUUCCACUGAGCUUUCUUGAGGUGGCGCCGAUCUUUGCUUCGGGAACUAGGGUUUUGGUUUGGAUCUCUCUCGGCUUGGCGGAGAUUAAUAGGGUCUGAAUCCAGCCUUGGAUUCAGAUCGAGUUUAGACUGGAGGGCUUCUGGCUCUGUGCGGUGGUAACUGGGAUUUGUUGUUAAGGUUCACCGUCUUUGGAGGAGUACGGAUUCUUUGUUCCUUUGGAGACGGGAGGUCGAGGGAUUGGAUUGCGGCGGUGGAUGUUGGAAUUCUUUGAGUUGCUAGGCGUGGGAAUUGUAACGUCUUGGGUCUGUUUAUCGGAGUGGAAUCGAGGUCUAGGAUUUAGAUUUCUUGUAAUAUCGGUUGGUGGGAUCUGGAAUAGUUGAGAGUAGAGGUUCGUAGAGUUCUUAAAGGUUUUAUUUGGUGUGAUUAUAGAUUUCUCCGGUUUGGGGAUCAGUUCAUCUUGUUUUGGUUUCGGGAUCAGUGGUAGUAAUCUAGCGUUUCAUCUGAGAGGGUGAUCUGUUAGCGGUAGAUUUUUUUGGUGAAUUUCUCAAUCGGAUCUUUACUCAUGGAGAAUGUCAUUGGAGGAAAGUUCAAGCGUGGGAGGAAGAUUGGCAGUGGAUCUUUUGGCGAGCUAUAUCUUGGUGUUAACAUGCAGAGUGGAGAAGAAGUGGCCAUAAAACUGGAACCUGUGAAAACCAAGCAUCCUCAACUUCAUUAUGAGUCCAAGUUGUAUAUCCUUCUCCAGGGAGGAAGUGGGAUCCCUCACCUAAAGUGGUUUGGUGUGGAGGGAGAAUACAGUGUCAUGGUUAUCGAUCUUUUGGGGCCUAGCUUGGAAGACUUGUUUAACUACUGCAACCAGAAAUUCUCAUUGAAAACAGUUCUCAUGCUUGCCGAUCAGUUGAUUAGCCGAGUUGAGUAUAUGCACUCAAGGGGUUUUCUCCACCGUGAUAUAAAACCAGAUAACUUUCUUAUGGGCCUAGGUCGUAAAGCAAAUCAGGUUUAUAUCAUUGAUUAUGGCCUGGCAAAAAAAUAUAGAGACCUGCAAACUCAUAAGCACAUACCUUACAGGGAGAAUAAAAACCUCACAGGAACAGCACGAUAUGCAAGUGUUAACACUCAUCUGGGAGUUGAGCAAAGUCGGAGAGAUGAUUUAGAAUCUCUUGGUUAUGUGCUUAUGUAUUUUCUAAGAGGAAGCCUUCCUUGGCAGGGUCUGAAAGCUGGCACUAAGAAACAGAAGUAUGACAAAAUUAGUGAAAAGAAAAUGCUUACCCCAGUAGAGGUUCUAUGCAAAUCAUAUCCAUCAGAAUUUAUAUCUUACUUCCAGUAUUGCCGAUCCUUGCGGUUUGAUGACAAGCCAGAUUACUCAUAUUUGAAGAGGCUCUUUCGUGACCUUUUUAUUCGAGAAGGCUAUCAAUCUGAUUAUGUCUUUGACUGGACCAUGUUGAAAUAUCCUCAGAUUGGUUCCAAUCCUCGAGUGCGGCAACCCAGUGGAAGAACAAGUGCGGUUGGGCCAUCUUUGGAGAGGGCAGAAAAAACUACAGCAGGACAAGAAAUUCAUGAUAGAUUCUCAGGUGCAGUUGAAGCAUUUGCAAGAAGACAUGCUACAGGUUCUAGUCAUCAUGGUGACCGUUCCAAGAACAGAACAGAUGAUGCGCGAAUGUCAUUGAAGGAGGCUGUUCAUGAAACAGAAAAAAGCCGACCAUCUUCUCGUAAUGGCAGUACAUCAAAGAGGGCUGUUUUUCCGAGCAGCCGAGCAAGUUCUUCCCUUGAGCCAGGUGAGCAGCAAGUCAGUCGAACAAGCCGGCUGUUUUCAAGCAGCAGCAGCCGCCCAUCCAGCGCCCAAGGAGUUUUUCAGCCUGGGUUGGAGGCAAGAUCAUCAUCUAUUUCCCGAACUGCAGCUGUGAGAGGAUCUCGUGAUGAACCUCUACUCCAUAGCUUUGAACUCCUCUCUAUCGGUGGGGAGAAGAGGAAGUAGAGCAUUUCUGGACUUGGCGAUGCUCUGUCCGCAGUGUUUUUUUCUGGAGGAUGAUAAUAUGUGCUUAUAAAGCAAAACAUCCCAGCCAUGACAUUUUAUUCAAAGUUCUUUGUAAUUCUUCUAGCUAGUGAGCUGCCAAAGAGGGAAUCAUGUUAGGGGUGAGCAUCGCAAGACCACCUUUUUGCUUUCACGCUGAGGCGACCCUGCAGAUUUUCAGGCUAAUACAGUUUAAAGUCAGUUGUCCAUGGGAAAUGUUUAUAUGAGACUUUCAUCUUCUCAUUAGUGAAAAAAAAAAAAAAAAAUACUUAGAUCAUACAU